AUGUCGAUUUCUGCAACAUACUCCAAAGAUGAGAUUGUGGAUAAAGAAUUUCAGUACCCUCCAGAGGCUGAGGGUGACGAAAAGAAAAAGUUGGGAACUCUGAGAAACAAUUUACUAUCAUUGCAGAACGAUAUCAAUACACAUCUUACAUCGUUGCUUAAGGCUACCGGUGUCGAGGAUAUCAGAAUCAACUUUAAUCAUCUUGAAACAUUAAACCAUCGAGCCAUUUCCAAAAGUGUCGUUUCUCCUCCUGCUGUCCUGAAAAUCGGACGAUCUUGA